AUGCCGGUCUCGUUGAAGUAUAGUGAGCAUCAUUAUACUCCCGACAAUGAGCUUCAGAAGCUAGGCGUCUGGGAGUACCCUGUUGCCACCGACGAUGUGUCCAAAUACUGGGUCAUUUGGAUCCAUGGUGGUGCUUGGCGAGACCCCCGGAAGACCUUCCAGGACUUCACACCUUCCAUCCGAGAAAUCGUCAAGGCCUCCUCUGUUCCCAAGAAUGAGAUCCGCGGCUUCAUCAGCAUUGACUACCGCCUCUCCCCGCACCCCCUCUUCCCGCAAGACCCCGCUGUCACUGCGCCGGCGGAGCUCCGCUGCGCUCGACAUCCGGACCACCUCCGUGACAUCUGGUCGGCCCUCGCCUUCCUCCAGCGCCGAUACAACAUUCAGGACCGCUACAUUCUCAUGGGCCAUUCGGCCGGUGCUACACUCGCCCUCCAGCUCCCCAUGGGAUCCUCCUCCCUCGGUGCCGCUCCUCCACCCGACGUACAAAUGCCAAGGGCCAUUGUGGGAAUUUCUGGCAUCUAUGAGCUGAAUGCCUUCAAUGGUCGUCACGACGAAAACUACACGCAGUUCAUUGCUGGUGCUUUUGGCAACGAUCAGUCAGCCUGGAACAAGGUUGUGCCCGCUACUUUUCCCGGAAGCUUCAAGGAAGCAUUGCCCAAAAAGCCGCUGAUCAUGCUGGCUUGGUCCCCCGAUGACACGCUGGUCGACGAGCCCGAGAUUGAUGGAAUGGCCUCCAAGCUGAGGAAUGACGGUGUCGAGUGCACGGUCACUAAGAACCUUACCCACGAUCAUGACUUUGUCUGGGAAGAUGGCAAGCAGAUUGCGAGGUUGCUUUCCGAAGCGCUCGAGUUAUUGAGAAGGAGCUAA